AUGGUUCCAUUCCGAUUCUACAGGAUGGAGAGGAAACGGGGAAAAGGACAAGAUGAACCACUCCAGGAUGCAGAGCGGCAAAAGGUGCACAAUUGCGAGGAUAUGGAGAAGCUGGCCGAGCUGAAACCAUUGAAGAAGCUGGAAGGGGAAGACCCAAGAGAGAAAAUGAGGGUUCGCCUUGCUGGAUACGAGGAACUAUCUUUCUGUGAAGCUGCGAAGAGGUAUCAAAAAGAAUAUUAUCCAGAAGCAGAGGGACGGGCUCACUCGUACCCCAUUGAAUACGCCCUCAAAGGCAAAAUUCAGGAGCGACUCUUCAAAGAAGAGGAGGGAAAUGCAUUCGAGAAAGGCAGUGUCUGUGCAAAUGCUCCCAUCGUGGCAAAAGCAGAAUCUGGCAAACGAGGGCGUGAACAUUCUAUUAAAAACGUAGAGGAAGCGAGACCCUCCAUGAGAAAAGGCGAAAGUAAAGGGAUUCCUCCACGUUACACCGCUGUUGCCACGAUUUUUCGCUUCUUGAAGGAAGAAUUGGCCGAUACUCCUAGUUUCAUCACCUAUGACUAUGAUUUCAACAUCACGUUCUACAGAGCAAUGGGGAUCGCUGGAAAAUAUACGAAAAAAGGAGAGACACGCUGGAAGCGAAAGGGAUUCACGAUCUUGCACGGUGACCAUGACGUAUGCGGGAUCGUGUUCGAUGGUGAACGAGUCGUUGUCCUCUUCUUUGAGGUGAAAAGUAUCAAACGAACAGAUGACCAGGACGUCCUGAAUCGUAAGUUGGGGAAAGCUGAAGAUCAACUCAAGAAGUGUGAACAGGUUAUUAAACAAAUCGUAGGAGCAACGGCUUUCACUCAUACAUUUCUCUGCGGCUUUGUUGCUCUCCCACGCAUGUCGAAGACGGACGUUGCUGCUACCAUGAAGUGUUGUUGCGAUGGGAAAAUUAUCACAAAAGACGAUCUGGAGUCGCGAGAAGCCUUCAGGAGAUUCCUCGAGAAACAUGGCAUCACUCUCACGAGGCGGGAGACAACAACUGAAGAAGCUAAAAAGUGCUAUUUGGAUGUGAUGAGUACAUACGUUGCAGCCUCGGCAUCUGUGGAGGGUAUGCCAAGAACAAUGGAAGAUCUCCACGAGAACAUCCAAGAAAGAAUGAAAAGAGCCUUGGUUCUUCUCACACCUCAACAAAGACAGAUUUUGGAUGAUGACCGGUCUGUUCUCUUCUUGGCCGGAGGGCAAGGUACGGGAAAGACCUAUCUGCUUCUCCGAAGAGCCCAACAAUUAGCAGAAAUGGAGGAAACGGUCGUCAUCGUAAACAUGUCAGCGGGAGAGCUGACUCGGAAAAUGACCGACUGGUUGGAUUUGCCUGAGUUCCAUGAAUUCAAGGACAAUAUAACAAUCAUGGAUUCUUCCGGGUUUCUUGGCGCUGAUGGACGAGGAAUCGACCUUCUUUUGGAGAAAAUCAAUGAUAAAAAAGACAGGCAUGUCCUCAUCGACGAAAUGCUGGUGAACUUCGACACGGACGUAAGGGAUCCGGUGGAGAUCGGACGAAAAUGGAAAGCCCUUGCUGAGAAUAAAGAAUGUAAAAGCCUUUGGAUCAGUUGGCGUCCCAGUGAUGCCACUUACCCCGAUAUCGAGGAAAGCGGGGAUAUCGAGGGUUUCAGGACCCUCGAUAUCCAAAGCGGUGUGGAUUCCUUGGGGCGAGAAAAAGUGGAACUCACGGAAAUAAAACGAAGCACAAAAGAAAUCGGGGAGUUAGUGAUAGAAGUGACCCGAUUCGUGCACAAGAGGUUUCUGUGCUACCAUUACCUCCCGAUGCAAGGCCUGGAAUAUAAACCGAAUCACAGUGGUGAUCCGGGUGAAGAAAAGCAAAUACCUCGAGUUGUUUUCGUCCCACUUGAUCCGACUAAAAAAGACCUUUCCUUAAGAGAGGUUGUCAAGGCUAUUCAAUCAUGGAUUCGGGAUCCCCGAAUCCUCACCAUCGUCACUGGGACAGAAAAGGAAAGGAAUGCCUGGGUGCGCGAACUCGAAAGUGAAAUGGGACCAGAAAUUGCCUUCCUCGACGACGAGAAAGGGAAACUGCGAGGACACCCCCAAGCCCGAUUCCACGUCUUCUAUGAAAGUCAGAUAAUUGGGAUGUCAUUCCAGAAUCUCAUUCUCUUGGAACUUGGAAAGAACGUCUGUCACUCUUGGUCUCGUAUGGUGGGGAUGGCCGGAGAGUCUCUCCACGUGAUCACGAUAUACCCAUUCCCCUAUGGUCACUGGGAAGAACCUGCACAAAUGGGACUCAUCUCCUGCUGCUCUCUCAGAAAACCCAAAUGGUCAUCAUCUUCCGGUUUUUCUUCCGAUCGACUUGACGAGAGUUCUCAUGCAGAGAUUUCGUGGACCACUUUCCCGGAAGAAAAGACUUUCCGUUUACCCGAUGACGAAUGCAAGUUCGAGCUACUCUUCGGACCGAAUCGAUCUGGCAAAACUGCAUUUAUUUUCGAGAGGUUGAUGAGAAGAGUGGAAAAGGAAAAGGAGGAAUUGCAGAAGUCUGAGGAGACUUCAUCCAGGAGGAAAACGUCGGAAGACCGCAAAGAAGACGAAAGUGGGGAGCGCAAGCAUCGGAUUAUCUUCGUGGACUGCAGCAGAUGGCAAAUAAUUUCCCAUUUUCCUGGGCUCUCUCUGGUGGACGUGAAAGAGAGAAUGAAGAAGAGAGAAAUGUUGGAGUUGGUCGAGGUCUACGACGUCCACGACCUCAUCCAACAACAUCACCUUCAAGGAAAUGUGUCUCCUAACCCCCAGGUCAUGAAAGAACUUUUGGUGAAGAUGCUAGAGAAAGGCAUGAAUAAAGGACAAAGACUCCAUGUAGCCUUCGACGAUCUACCCGUUGGAGAAUUUGCCUUACCUGGAAACACGGAGAGUUUGAGGGUGGAAUGGGAGGAGAUCAUCUCUUUAUUCUCGUCCUACACCUCUCUCUCUUCUCUCACAAUUGCCUUCAAUCCCUAUAUCCCAUAUGAAACGACCAAUUUCGACGUGAGAAAGUUCAAGAAGGAAUUUCAACUCCCUCCACAAACAAACGUGAGGAUUCUGGAGGGAUGCUGGGAUGUGGGCUUCCACCGCCUCUUCCGUCAUGUCUGCGACAACGAAUCCCUCUAUCGUCUUCCGGUGAAGCAAAGGACCCUGAACACCCGACCCCAGCCUUCUUCCCUCGUUUUCGGUGUUCCACCCACCCUCGUCACCCCUCCUCACCCCUCCACCCCGCACUUCCAUGGUGGAUUCAAAUGCAUCGGUGGCCGGGGGAGAGGAUGCAUCGCCAUCACCGCCGCUGCCGCAUUUCACUCCCAAUCUCACGAAAAUGUUGUGGUGCUCGUCUCGGACGAAGAGAUUCGGGGAAUCUUCACGGAAGCUUUCGGAAUGAUGGGCUCGAAGGAUGAGUCGACGGCCAGGGAAGCACCACAGAUCUAUCGAGUGGAGGAUUACCGAGGAUGCGAGACCUCCGGCGUGAUGUGCGUGGGGGUCGAGGACGCAUGGAUGGUGGAGGGGAUCUCCCGAGCCAUCCAGACUCUCUACAUCGUCGACGGGGGAACUUCUCCUGCAGCAAAGAGUCGGAUGGGACUCUGGAUGGAGAUGGAAAGAAGAGGAAAACUCCUUCAUCGCCCUUUAACGUCUUCCGAUGCCCUUGAAUCCCUCUCCGAUAACGACUGGAGGGCAUUGAAUGAAAAAAGCCUCUUUCUAAAGAUCCCAAAGGAAACGGGAACGGAUGAAGAUGCAAGGAGAGAGACUUCUUCUCCAGAAGGGGCAACAAGGAUUUUCGCCAUGGGUGGUAGAGACGGGAGAGGGGGGGUGUGGGAAGUCAACAAGAACACUUGCUGGGUCGGGGAACUGAUCUCCCUAACUGACUUUUUCCUCGCCCACUUCGGCAUGUUGAUCCACGGGGCAGGGGGGGAAGUCCGGAUUCUUCAUCUGGAUGGGAAGGAUCCCCAUGAGUCUCCUCACGAAUGGGAUUACAAACUCCGCAUUCCCAAUAAUUUUAUCGUGAAAGGGACGACGGGGGUGGGGAUCCGGGAAUCUAUUUUUCUCUUGGGAGGGAAGAGAAAUCCCCGCGAAGGACGCAGCAUCGAUCUCGACAGCAAUAAAUGGACGAAUCUCCCUCUGAUGACACAGGGGAGAGAGGAAGCAGCUUCGUUGAUGUUGGACCCCAACACCAUCCUCGUCUUGGGGGGGGGGAAACCCCGAAACUGA